AUGGAGUUAGGGCAGUUUGUGCAAUACAUGGAACAUAUGGACAUGGUGACGCUGGGUGCGAACUGUGACAAUGCGUAUUAUAAGUACCCGCAGCAUCCUGAUGGUCGGGCGCGAAAGGUAACACGCACGGGAGACAGAAUUAUGUGCAAACUUAUGUCUGGGGCAUUAUUCUUUAUAUAUAAGAGGCACAUGGUAACGGGUGCAACGGGCACGGACAAUAACAAUGAUGAAAGAUUCAAGGAGUACGUAAGAUGUGCCAUUCUGAAUAUGUUCAUGCAGUUCCUGAAGGCUUCAUCAUGUAAGGGCGACUGGGGUUUAUGGUAUGCCUGGUACACGAUGCAAAAGGAAAUGGACGAAUCCAUGGGAGGAGUAAUGAAAAGGGUGAAUUGUGCAAAUGAAGUAUAUCAAAAUAUUCAAGCUGGAGGAUGGUCAAUGGAACAUAAAAUUGCAACAUGGUUAAGUAGGAACAACAAACUAAAGGACAGAUUGGGCAAAGCAGGUGUAAGCAAUAUCUGCAAUUGGGAACUGGAUAAAGCCGGGCACCUAAAACGCAGCAAGGGUAAGGGAGAUGCAGCAAAUACGAGGGACAUGAAAGCACGCAACCUAACGAAGCAAUUGACGCAAGGUAUAAAGGACAUUUUUGUGGACAUUAAGAACGAGGUUACGGAGACCAUACAACGCGGGCUGCAUACUCAACAGGCCCCGGGAGUACAAGUGGUACAGACAACGUCGCCGUCACCACCAGGUAGGUCACAUGAAGCUAAUGAGGAAUCGUCCGGGUCCGCCCCUGCAAUAUCAGGAGCUAAUGAGCCGGCAACCACACCACCAGGGGAACAGGGAGACGAGCACAGUAGCCACGACGCCAGCAGUAGCGGUCACGAUGGUAGCGGAACGGGAUAUUGCCCACUUGGUGCAGAAGGCAGGGUUAUCCCCAGAUUCAGGGGUAUACAAUUCAGUGUGGUUAAGGGGAGAGCAAUCUAG